AUUAAAAUUAGCCCUUUUGGUAGAAGUAGGCGAAUUUGCUAAUGAAAUAAAAUCCUUUAAGGCUUGGCGAAAAAAACCGGAAAUUGAUUGGGCCAAAGCUCGGGAGGAAUUAAUUGAUUGUUUGGGCUAUUUUUUGGGCUUAACUGGUAUUUAUAAAAUAAAUAUGUCGUCUGCUCUUAUUAAAAAUAAAGAAAAAGGUGCUUCAUUUAACGAAUUGCUGCUAGACUUUUUUGCUAAAACAAAUAACUUGUAUAUCGAGGAAAAUGAGCAGUUUUACAACUUUGGGGAUAGCGAAAUCCCAGAAAAUAAAAAAAAUACUUAUUAUGAUUGGUUGCGUAUUUUUAACCAUAUAAGCGAAAAAUUACAAAUUGACGAACAAAAAUUAUUAGAUAUUUAUUUAGCCAAAAACGAAAUUAACUUACAAAGGGCCCAGGCUAAAUAA